AUGAACAACAUGAAAGGUGAAAUUAGGCUGAUGAAUAACAACACAGUCAGCAGCAACAACCCAGCCCUCGUCAACAACAUCGACCACCUGUGGCAUCAACAAAGUUUCUUUGAUAUUCAUCGAGACACAUACGAUGCCCCGAGUUGUAAACAUUCAAAAAAGCUUAAAUCAGAAUGGAUUGAAAAUAGUACUCGGGCUAAAAGUUCCAACCACACUGACAAUGCAAACUUCAUUCCAGUUGGUGUGAAGAGUGACGUUUUUGAUAGAGUGAAUUGCCCAGACACUAAUAACGAACUAACAAACAGUUCUUUUCACGUGGGUCGGUGCAUUAAUUUUCCUACUAACGAUAAAACCAUCGUUAGCAAUAAAGAUGGUUAUACAUCGCCAUAUUCCGAUGACUCAAACACUAGCAGCAACAGCAUGAGGUCACUGGAACUGCUUCACUGGAUAUACCAUCAAGUGAACAUCACUAACGACCACGCCCUCAAGAAAAAUGAUGAACAUGUUGACAGUCAUCCCUGCUCAGCCUACUCCGAGUUCAAAGAAAUGGAACAAAAGUUUCAUAAAAACUGUUUUAGUGAUAAUACAAAUGAUGGAGCCAAGCCUAAUAAUCUUUUGUAUAACAAAGCGUGUUAUAAACAAAAUGAAAUCUUUAUUGAUAAAGAUGACAAGAAAUGUUAUGAAAAGAGCUGCGUUGCCCUCGUUUGGAAGGUCUCAGGAAAGUGA